AUGACCUCCAUUGCCCAACAGAUUGAGUUGGAAGAGUUAGAAGCUCUACACUCAAACCUUUCUCAGUCACAAAGCGCUAGAAGUGGAAUGCAUGUUUCAAAUUCCAAAAUCGAUGAUCCGCUAAGGUUUUCUAAAGAUAAUAAUUUGACAUUAGAAGCCAUCGAUGACGACUCAUCUCGCAUGUUUGACCCGGAGGGCUCGAUAGGCCAAGCUGAAGUGAAGAGAGCCCUUAAACCAAGACACGUCUCUAUGAUUGCUCUUGGAGGGACAAUUGGUACUGGUUUGUUUAUUAGUAUCUCAGGACCGUUAUGGAACGCUGGACCUGUUGGCUCUUUAAUUGCAUUUAUGUUAAUCGGUACUUUAGCAUAUUCAGUGACGCAAUCUUUAGGUGAAAUGGCUACAUUCAUUCCAGUCACUUCCUCAUUCACAGUCUUUUCACAAAGAUUCAUUUCCCCAGCGGUCGGUGCAGCAAAUGGUUACAUGUACUGGUUUUCAUGGGCCAUUACCUUUGCACUAGAACUAUCAAUUGUAGGCCAAAUUAUUCAAUACUGGACCGAUGCCGUCCCAUUGGAGGCAUGGAUCGCUAUAUUUUGGGUAUUAUUGGUAUCCUUCAAUAUGUUCCCUGUUAAAUGGUACGGUGAGUUUGAGUUUUGGGUUGCCUCCAUCAAAGUCAUUGCUAUCAUUGGAUUCUUAAUCUAUUCUCUAUGUAUGGUUUGCGGUGCUGGUCCAGAGGGGCCAAUAGGUUUCCGUUAUUGGAGAAAGCCCGGCCCUUGGGGUAACGGUAUAAUCGCUAAAAAUGUUAACAAGGCCAGAUUCUUAGGUUGGGUGUCCUCGCUAAUCAGUGCUGCAUUUACUUACCAAGGAACUGAAUUGGUCGGUAUCACUGCAGGUGAAACUAAAAAUCCAAGAAAAGCUGUUCCAAGAGCCAUCAAUAAAGUCUUUUUCAGAAUAUUGAUCUUCUAUAUUGGAUCUUUGUUCUUUAUUGGACUAUUAGUUCCAUAUAAUGAUCCUAAAUUAGAAGGUUCUGAUAAUGGUUCUUACAUUGCUCAAUCUCCAUUCUUAAUAGCAAUUCUAAACUGUAGGACUCCAGUGUUACCACAUAUUUUCAAUGCUGUCAUUCUAACAACCAUCAUAUCUGCCGGUAACUCAAAUGUGUAUGUCGGUUCAAGAAUUCUCUUUGGUUUAUCAAAGAAUAAUUUGGCUCCUAAAUUCUUUUCGAAAACAACUAAGCACGGUGUGCCAUUCAUUGCAGUUCUGAUCACAGCAGUAUUCGGAUUCUUGGCCUACUUGAAUGUCUCAAAUGACGCCCAAGAAGUUUUCGAUUGGUUAUUGAAUAUCACUGCUAUUGCUGGUUUCAUAACAUGGUUGUUAAUUUCUAUUUCGCAUAUCAGAUUCAUGCAAACCCUGAAACACCGCGGAAUUUCUCGUGAUGAUUUGCCUUACAAAGCCAAAUUUAUGCCUUACGCCGCAUACUAUGCUGCAUUUUUCAUUACAGUGAUCAUCAUUAUUCAAGGCUUUACUGCAUUCGCUCCACAUUUCAAUGUGUCAGACUUUUUCGCUGCUUACAUCAGUGUUUUCUUAUUCUUUAUCGUAUGGGCAAUUUUCCAAACUAUUUACAGAACAAAAUUAUUCCGUACAUUAGACGAGGUAGAUAUCGACUCAGACAGAAGAGACAUAGAUGUCAUAAUUUGGGAGGAAGAGGAACCAAAGAACCUAUGGGAAAAGUUCUGGGCUGUCGCCGCUUAA